AUGAAAAUAUUAAUGAGAGCGGAUACUCAUUAUAGUAUAGUCGUGAAAGGCAAUGAUUGUGAUAAACCGAAAUAUACUUUUUCACAGGUUCUGGCUGCUGUUGCAGUAUCGAUGGGAUCAAUGAUAAUUGGGUUUUCAUCUGCUUAUACGUCACCCGCUCUCGUGACAAUGGAAAAUAGUACAAGAAUAGAUGUAUCAGCCGAAGAAGCAAGUUGGAUUGGGGGCCUCAUGCCCUUAGCUGCGUUAGCGGGUGGUAUGCUUGGAGGCCCUUUAGUGGAUUACAUUGGUCGACGUAGAACAAUUCUCUUUACGGCAAUUCCUUUCUUUAUUGGAUGGAUGUUAAUAGCUACGGCUGAAAUCGUCCAUUUAGUAUUGGCGGGUCGAGCUAUAUGUGGACUUUGUGUUGGUGUCGGAUCAUUAGCUUUUCCUGUUUAUCUUGGUGAAACAAUUCAACCUGAAGUUCGAGGUACUUUAGGUCUAUUUCCCACUGCUAUUGGAAAUAUUGGUAUCCUUGUUUGCUAUGUAGCUGGAAAAUAUUUGGAUUGGUCUCAACUUGCAUAUCUUGGAGCUGCUCUACCUGUUCCCUUUUUAAUACUAAUGUUUAUGAUCCCUGAAACUCCUCGAUGGUACAUAUCUCGCGGCAGAACUGAAGAGGCACGUAAAGCUCUCCGAUGGCUCCGUAGUGCCAAUACGAAAAUUGAUAACGAAUUGCAUGAGAUAAGUCUAUGUGAUGCAGAGAAUAGAAAUGAAUCUUCACUCAGGGAAAUACUUAGUAUGAAAUACAUGAAAUCUAUAUUAAUAUCCUUAGGACUAAUGCUUUUUCAACAAUUAUCUGGAAUAAAUGCUGUUAUCUUCUAUACGGUUAAGAUAUUUAAAAUGUCGGGUAGUUCUAUUGAUGAAAAUUUGUCUACGAUCGUAGUCGGAAUGGUUAACUUCAUGUCCACAUUUUUAGCCACAGCUCUUAUAGAUAGAACUGGCCGAAAAAUUCUGUUGUAUAUAUCAUCCGUCACAAUGACUACCACAUUAACAAUUUUAGGUACUUUCUUUUAUGUGCGUGAUAAUUUGCAUACAGAUGUAUCUAACUUAGGUUGGCUGCCUUUAACUAGUCUUAUGAUCUAUUUAUUAGGCUUCUCUCUAGCCUUUGGACCAAUACCGUGGUUAAUGAUGGGUGAAAUUUUACCAGCCAAGAUAAGAGGAGGCGCUGCAUCAAUAUGCACAGCUUUCAAUUGGUUAUGCACAUUUAUAGUAACAAAGACAUUCUAUAAUAUCUUGAUCGCAAUUGGACCCGCAGGGACAUUUUGGCUAUUUGCUUGUAUUUGCUUUGUAGGUCUAUUUUUUGUUAUAAUAUGUGUUCCAGAAACUCAAGGAAAAAGUCUUGAACAAAUUGAAGAUAAAAUGACUGGGAGAAAGGCAAGAACUCGUAGGUUGAGUUCUAUUGCUAAUAUUAAGCCACUGCCAAGCGGCUGCUAGAAUACUGUGUGCUGCCUUUUUUGUAAAUGAAACUUGAAUAUUAAAACGUUAUCACUUUAAAAUAUAUAUAAAGUGUCCUAGAAGAUUAUAAAUAGGAUAACUCUAACUUUUUAAACAAAACAAGGUAAGGAUGGCUUAUUUAUAAGCUGUCACUAUGGUUUAUGUAUAGUAAAAAUUAUAAAUAAAAGAUACAAUAAUUACUAAGUAUAUUUUAUACUUUAAGAUAUAUACAUUUUUUUUUGUUAUAAUCAAUCAUUAUAGUAGCCAUAGUUUAAAUAAAAUUGUUUUCAAACAAUGUAGUAAACAGUAUGGAACAUUUUUGUAUAAUUACAUAACAAUGUUUAUUAUUAUAUUGAUUAGACAUUAAAUUUAGUGAACAAUACUUUUAUUUAUAAAAUUAAUGAAUAAAGUGUUAAAUAUCUGA